AUGCUUGUGACCAUUCCUUCAAUACCCCGACUGGUCGUCAUCCCGCUCUUCCUUCUCACAUGCGGCAUUUUCUUUAUACCACGCAGCUAUCAUGGCUCUGGCGCCUUGAACAUGCCGCUGCUCACAGGCAAGAACCUUACCGCUGCUAGCUCAACAUUCAACACACCUGUGCGAGACUUCUGGCAGGAGCUCGCCACUGCUCUUCUCCAGUCACAGCCCCAAUGCGAGCCCCUACAUCUGCAAGAAGACGAUGCUGGACCAACAAUAGACUUUCUACCUCUUCAACCAAACCAGAAGCACCCUGAUCGGAUACUGAAUCUCAGCGACAAAGAGGAGAGUGUUCUGUUGCGGGCGCACCAUGCUAUGCGUAAGUCAGCACAGCGCCUAGCACCGAAGAUACAAUUCGCGAAAGGUACGACUGGUAUCGUCACCACUGCAGACGCCUGGUAUAUGCCUAUAUUUCUGGUGUCUCUGCGCAUGUUACGGAGAACUGGGUGCGACCUACCGAUCGAAGUAUUCAUCGACGACUGGACAAAGUACGAUCCGACUGUCUGCGAUACCGUCCUGCCGUCCUUGAACGCUCGUUGUGUAGUCAUGUCCAACAUCUACGAAACUGCAGCACAUGUUAAACCACCCAAUCAUUACCAGUACAAGGUCUUUGCCAUCCUCUUCUCAUCCUUCCAGCAUGUACUCUUCCUCGAUAGCGACGCAUUUCCUACGGAAGAUCCCACCAAGCUUUUCUCAACCGCGCCCUACACAACCCACGGCCUGGUCACCUGGCCUGACUUCUGGGCUCAAACCAUAUCCGCACACUUUUACCACAUCGCCGCUAUACCAGAAGUCCCGUCGCAGUCAAGACUCUCAACCGAAAGCGGGCAGCUCCUCAUCAACAAGGACAUGCAUCGCGCCUCUCUCCUCAUGAUGGUGUACUACAACUACUAUGGCCCAGACUACUACUACAUCCUCCUCAGUCAAGGCAGUCCCGGCGCUGGCGACAAAGAAACCUUCGUACAGGCAGCAUUGGCAGUCGGUCUACCUUACUACCAAGUUCGAACACCGCCCGGUGUUCUGGGCAAUCAUAUGAAUGGCACUUUCAGAGGUAUUGCCAUCACGCAAGCAGACCCCAUUCUGGACUAUGAAUACCUCAUUCCCAUGCGCAGCCAUAUCCAUCCAGAUACACUUUGGCAAGACACCGAUCUAGCUCACCCCGACAAAGGACAAAACAAGAAACACAAAGCUCCACAUAAACCACAACCCAUCUUCAUUCAUCAAAAUAACCUCAAGCUGGAUCCAGCCAAAGUUCUGGAAGAUGAGAGGGUAUACGGACCUGACAAUGAUGCACGCAGGAUGUGGAGCGAGAAUAAAGAUAUGGAGGAAGAACUCGGAUACGACGUUGAGCGGAGGCUGUGGGAUGUCAUCGCUGAAGAGGGGUGUAGGUUGGACAAAUCCAGUGGGACGUGUAGGUGGUUAGUAAAGUAUAUUCAUGAAGUUUUUCAUUGA